AUGGAGGACAAGAAGUAUCUAACUCCAGAUUUCGAUCCAUCGACUCUCAAAGUAGCACAGCUGAGGAGGAUCCUUGUGGAACAUGACAUCAAGUUUCCAGCAUCGGCAAAAAAGCAGACUCUGUUAAACUUGUUUGGUGAGAAAAUUAAACCUAAGGCUUCAACAUUGUUGGCGAAAUAUAACGAAGCAAAUGUUCCCAACGGAAACGACAUCCUUGAUGCAUCGAGUAAAAAAUCCAUUAUAGGCAAUUCCUCUGAUGAUGAACCAGAACCUGCCUCCAAGAACCAGAAAAAGACGAAAAAGGUUACAAAACCAAAGAAAAAAACCAAAUCCAAAAAGCAAUCCAGUACUGUGCCACAGAAAGAAGAACACUUAGUUUCCCCACAUCUGAAAGCCAAGGCCCUUGAUGUUACCGAUGAUUCUAUUAAGUUGACCCCCCCUGAGGAUAAACUUGAUAGAAAGAUUCCCCGAAAACAUCGAGAAAAGGUGGCAGAGGAAGUCAAGUCUCCCAAAUUGGAUUUGAAACUCAAACCAGCGUUAGAUCACGAUUUAGAAGAGGAGUUGUUGGACGAAAAAUGCAAUCAAAUUAUUCCUUCUAAAGACGAGGAUGAAAAGAUAAAGCUGGAAAGAGUGAAGGAGAAUAUCGAAACGACUUUCUCUAAUAGAAACGUAUUUCAAAAGGAACACUCUUCAAUACCGCACAAAAGAAGCAGAGAUCUAGAGGAAUAUUCAUCGCCCAACAGAAAACAAAUAAAACAAGAUAAGUCAUCCAAGGAUAUUUUCAAAGGUGAAGACUCUUUCAACUCCACUGAAGACAUAGACUUUGACAAACUUUUGAGCUCGCCUACUAAAGGUAAAGUCACUAGAACGAAGGAUACGCCUAAAUCGAUCGCCAUUACUCCUCAAGUUUCUAGGAGACACAGAAAAACUCCAAGAUCCACUAAACAACUGUCAAACACUCCGACGACACAUUCAGAUCAGUCUUUCUCAUCCAGCACCCCUAUCGAAGAGCAUGUACCUAGGGGUCCAACCGAACAAAUUGAUUUGAAGAAGGAGAAAGAAGACAUCACCAAAAGUUCUCGUAAAACUCCGAAAGUGACUAAAAGAUUAAAGCAAGAAAGUGUCGAACCUGAUAAAAACAACGACAGCACACUCUUGGAAACGUUGAAGAAUGAAGUGGAAGAGGAAGAGAACCAAAUUAAGAAAGAUGCCGAUGAAUUAUUGGUUGAUAUCGAAAAUGCAUCUUCCAAUGUUUCCUUCAAGACAGUUUUGAAAUACUUCCUAACUUGGUUUUUUGCAUCUUUAGUUUUUGUUGCUUUCCUUCUAUGGAGAGAGCAAAGAAUAUACUCUGGAUACUGUGGAUCAUCUAUCCACAAAAAAGUUUUUGACAUUGACUACGAUAUAAUUCCUGAGCAAUUGCUACCUCUAAUGGAGUAUGUCGAGGAGACAUCAUCACAGUUGGUUCCUGAAUGUGUCCCAUGUCCUGAACAUGCCGAAUGUUUUCCUUUGUUCAAAGCUAGAUGUGAUGUAGAUUUUGUUUCAACACAUCCUUGGUACUCCAUUUUUGGGUUUGUUCCUACUCCAGUCACUUGCGUUCCAGAUCAUAGAAAAACUGAGAAUAUUCACAGAGUUACUAACUAUUUACUGUUUCUGCUUCGUAACAGAAAUGCCGAAAUUGACUGUGGUAGGGGUUUAGACGAAGAUGCCGGCUUGUCUCUUGAGGAGCUGCACGAUCUUGUUUUAGAAAUCAAGCCUGAUUAUGUCAGCCCUGAAGAAUUUGAAUAUUACUGGAGCAAAGCGUUGGUGGACUUGGAAUCUGAACCUGAAAUAAUUGUAAGGCAACUAUCAACAUCAAACGAUAUCAAUAGAAAACAAGAUAUUGAAGACACAUACCAGGAAAUCGAUAAAAGCUCAAACCAAACGAUUAUUCGCUCCACGUCUCUCACAAACCUUAGUUUCCAGUGCCAAAUAGAUCGUUACAUUACCAGUAUUUUGAUAAAGUACCGGCCAUUUGCUCUUGCCUUUAUAGGUCUUUUGAUAUUUAUACGGGCCUCAAUUUUUAUCUAUCGGAGAAAUGCUAACUACAAGGAACGGAUCACUGGAUUGGUUUCAGAAGUAUUUCAAAGGCUUCAAAGAAGAGCAGGAAGUGCCAAGAAAGAUUCAUCAGGUUUGACAAGACCUUAUAUUGGUUCGCAUCAGCUACGGGAUUUACUUCUUGACUCUGAAAUGCGCUUUUCUGAGAAAAACAAGAUAUGGAAAGAUGUUUCGAAGAAGGUCGAGAGAAACAGCAACAUACGCAGCAGAGUCAUCGAGGUAUUUGGCGAAGUAAUGAAAGUUUGGGAAUGGAUAUCGGAUGUAGACAAUUAA